UCGGGGUCUCUCUCCUUAAACCCUACUCGCAUCGCUCGUACGAAGCUCCACCCCCCUAAGUUCAGAGCGGAGACAUCGUCGUCUCCUCAUUUUGGGGACGCUCCAUCAAUCGAUUCCCGAGCUUUUCACCCGAUGGCCUUCGCUUCUCUAUCCAAAUCUCACCGAUGGAAACCGGCACUUGCCCCACGCAUCCCAGGAAUCUCCCUGAACUCUCAGCUUCUUCGUUUCUGUAGCUCGACGGAGCAACCGAUCCCGGGGGUCGAUGCUAAACCUUCAGAGAGCGCUUCCUCACACCCGCAACCUGAGCCCACGACCCACUCCGACGCCUCAAACGCUUGGGAAGCUCAAGAAAGGCCAAGGCAGAGGACCCCGCGAGGUAAGGCUCGGAACCCAGAAAAGUUAGAGGACAUAAUAUGUAGAAUGAUGGCUAAUAGAGCAUGGACGACCCGCCUACAGAAUUCGAUCCGGGCUCUGGUCCCCGAAUUCGAUCACUCCCUUGUUUACAAUGUCUUGCACGGGGCUCGCAACUCGGAGCACGCGCUCCAGUUCUUCCGGUGGGUUGAGCGGGCCGGCCUGUUUCGUCAUGACCGGGAGACCCACUUGAAGAUAAUCGAAGUUUUGGGCAGAGCUUCGAAGCUCAAUCACGCUAGGUGCAUUCUCUUGGAUAUGCCUAAGAAGGGUGUUGAGUGGGAUGAGGACUUGUUCAUUGUGAUGAUAGAGAGCUACGGCAAAGCGGGCAUUGUUCAAGAGGCUGUGAAGAUGUUUAUGAAGAUGAAAGAAUUGGGUGUCAGUAGGACCAUCAACAGCUACGAUGCCGUGUUUAAAGUGAUUCUCAGGCGCGGUCGAUAUAUGAUGGCGAAACGGCUCUUUAAUGCAAUGCUGAACGAAGGGAUUGAGCCGACUCGUCAUACUUACAAUAUCAUGAUCUGGGGGUUCUUUUUGUCUAUGAGACUGCGUACUGCACUACGGUUCUUUGAGGAUAUGAGGAGCAGGGGUAUUUCACCUGAUGUCGUGACGUAUAAUACAAUGAUUAAUGGUUAUUAUAGGUUCAAAAAGAUGGACGAGGCAGAGAAGUUAUUUGUGGAGAUGAAGGGAAAAGAUAUAGCGCCUACUGUUAUUAGCUAUACAACCAUGAUUAAAGGGUAUGUUUCAGUUGGGCGUGUCGAUGAAGGGUUGAGAUUGCUUGACGAGAUGAAGUCAUAUGGUAUCAAGCCAAAUGAUGUCACCUAUUCGACUCUUUUACCGGGGCUUUGUGAGGUAGAGAAAAUGGCUGAAGCACAGUCCAUCUUGAAAGAGAUGGUGGAGAGAUACAUGGCUCCGAGAGACAAUGCAAUAUUCUUGAGAUUAUUGACUUGUCAGUGCAAAUCAGGUGAUAUGGAUGCAGCUGUUGACGUACUCAAGGCAAUGAUUAGAUUGAGCAUUCCAACAGAAGCAGGCCAUUAUGGUGUCCUAAUAGAGAACUUUUGCAAAAAUAAUGCCUACGCUAGAGCAAUUAAGUUGCUUGAUAAACUUAUUGAGAAGGAAGUCAUAUUGAGGCCACAGAAUACUUUGGAGAUGGGACCUGAAGCAUAUAGCCCAAUGAUUCAAUAUCUUUGCAGUCACGGGCAAACAGGAAAAGCUGAAAUCUUUUUCCGACAGUUGAUGAAAAAGGGUGUCCAAGAUUCAGUGGCCUUCAACAGCAUAAUUUGUGGUCAUUCAAAAGAAGGAAAUCCAGAUGCUGCCUUUGAAAUCUUGAAGAUAAUGGAUAGAAGAGGGGUUCCAAGAGAUGCAGAUUCUUAUAAGUUGCUCAUCGAGAGCUACCUAAGGAAAGGUGAACCGGCCGAUGCAAAAACGGCUCUUGAUAGUAUGAUAGAAAGUGGAUACGUUCCGGAUUCAUCUGUCUAUAGGUCAGUGAUGCAGAGUCUGUUUGAAGAUGGUAGAGUUCAAACAGCGAGCAGGGUAAUGAACAGUAUGGUGGAGAAGCGGGUGCUUGAGAAUAUGGAUUUGGUCGCUAAGAUUCUGGAAGCUCUCCUAAUGAGAGGUCAUGUUGAGGAAGCCAUUGGGAGGAUCGACUUGCUAAUGCAGAACGGUUGUUCACCUGACUUUGAUAAUCUUCUCUCUGUUCUUUCAGAGAAAGGGAAGACAAUUGCUGCUCUUAAGCUUCUAGAUUUUGGUUUGGAGAGAGACUGUACCAUCGACUUCUCGAGUUAUGAUAAGGUUCUGGAUGCUCUUCUAGCAUCAGGGAAGACUCUCAAUGCCUUCUCAAUUUUAUGCAAAAUCAUGGAGAAAGGAGGGGUUUCAGAUUGGAGGAGCUGUGGUGAUCUGAUCAGGACCCUUAACCAGGAGGGGUAUACAAAUCAAGCAGAUGUUCUUUCUAGAAUGAUUAAAGGAGUUGAGGAAACUGGCAUUUCCAAGAAAGGGAAAAAGCAAGCAAAGGAGCUGGGUGAUGGGCCCAGAAAAGGCCCACCCUGGGAAGAGGACCCAAUAAACCCCCAUAUCCCAGAGGUGGGGAUCGAACCACACAUCUCCCCAUUACCAGAAGGAAUGGUGGCCACUAGGGUUAACCCAACCGUGACUUAUUUUGAUGGCCCGACACCAAUUGUAAGGAUGGCAUAGAAGGCCGAUGCAGCAUGUGUUUUUAGUGUCUCUCAUGUGCCACUUGCUUUCUUUUCAUCAAACAGCAUCAUCUGUUGAUCACUGAGCUUUAAAACUUACUUUGCAGCUCAGUGGGAGCGCUUGAUUUACUGUAUACAUAAGCAAAAAAUGUUCAUCUACUUAUGCCUCAUCCAUAUGACUGUUAGGCAUUCCUUUACAGAACAAUGCUAUCUCUCUGUUCCACCGACUCUUUUCCCUCUGAUCACUAUUUAUUUAGUUCGCACAUCUUUCAGUUCACCCUGGAGCUCUAAGUCCUUUUGACAGGUUGACAUAACUAUUAGAACCCUGGUAAGAAUGGUUUGGAAUCAUCUUGAUUGGGUCCUACAGCAUUAGUUGUGGUUUUUGUUGUUCACUUUUCGCUUUAGUAUGGUUUUGGUCACUCGUGCAGAUGCUUACUUAUAUUUAUAGGACUGAUCAUCCCUCUAUAACUUUACUCCUAGUAAAAGCGUCUAGCAUUCUCGCUGACAACUCUUGUUGAGGAAAACUGCGUGCCAUUGCCACACAAAUGUACU